UUUAUAUACAUAAAUGCAAAGUCAUUCUGUUUUCUCGUUCACCAAGUAAUGCACCCUUAUUCACCAAGCUCAUGCUACCUAUACAAAGUCCAAGUACUCUUGUAAAUUGGUGGAAAUAUAUAAGCAUAAGAAGUGUGAAGAAAAGGAAAAAUAAUUGAAUUGUUACAAUUCUUUUUGUUUUUGAUAUUUUAUUGUUUGCUUUAAUCGACUUUAUUUCGUUCCUUCAUAACGCCUUUUCUCCAUUUCUUCGAGAAGAUAAAAGAUUCCUCAUCUACAGUUCUCGGGCGUAGAAAAUGGCCGACUCCGACUGGACCAAGCUCCCGUCGGAUCUCCUGCAAACCAUCUUCGAAAAGCUCAGUGUCUACGCCGACCAUCUCCGAUUCCGAGCCGUGUGUCGGAGCUGGCGAUCAUCGGUCCCCAAAAUCCCUCGCCAUCUUCCUCCCCAACUCCCAUGGCUCUUCAUUCCUCUCUACCACCACUCCCGCUGUGCCCUCUUCAACUUUUCCGACAACAAAAUCCAUUUCCUCCACCUUCCCGAGGCUUCUCUCGGCAAGCGACGCUGCGGUUCCUCUCACGGCUGGCUCGCCGUCCUCGACGAAACUCCGACCAUCCUCCUCCUCAACCCCAUAACCAGGGCCAGCCUCCCAUUACCUCCGCUCUCCACGUUUCCCAACGUCGUUUCCUUCGAUUACUCCAGAGUAGGUCGAGAAUAUGUGAUCCGUACACCCACCGGCCACAUCUACGCCCGAAAUUUGCGCCAAAUGCGCGAUUCUUUCGUCAAGAAAAUCGUUCUGUCCUCGAGCCCUAAUCAAAGUGAUUUCUCCGCUGUAGCGAUUCUCAAUCGCAGCGGUGACUUGGCGGUUUGCCGUAGCGGCGCUGGAUCCUGGACUUUCGUAGACGACGCACCGUCCGAUUGCGAAGAUAUUAUAUUUCACGAUGGGCUGUUUUAUGCGGUGGAUAAGUACGGCCUCGUUUCCGUCAUCGAUCUACGCGAUCUGCGCCCUCGCGUCUCUCCCGUUACGACGGCGAGGCAAUUGAGGGGCGAUAUACAGUAUCUGGUGAAAUCGGGGAAUGAAGUGCUGCUGGUGACGCGGUAUUUGGAUAUAGUCAACGACGCCAUGGACGACGAUCGGAGAUCUGUAAUUUAUCGGACGGUGCGAUUUGAGGUGUUCCGGAUGGAGUGGGACGGGCCGCGAUGGGAGAAGGUUGAAAGCUUGGAUGAAAUGGCGGUGUUCGUGGGAGAAAAUUCUUCGAUUGCUUUCUCGGCUGCUGAUUUUUCGGGAAUUUCAGGUAAUUGUAUAUAUUAUACAGAUGAUUACUCGGAAAACGAUUACGAUGGAGAUGGUGAAGAACCGGAUAUGGGGAUUUUCCGAUUGGGCCUCGAAAGCGUCGAGGAGCUGCCGUAUUACUCCGGCAGCUCUCAUUCCCGGCGGCGUUUACUUCCUCCCAUUUGGCUCUCUCCAAAUCCUUGCUAGUGCGUUUGUCGAUUGUUUCUCUGUAAAUAAUUGCAUACGUUUUCUUCUUUUUCUGCUAAUUGAAUCAGUGAUGUCGGAGUCCGGCAUCGGGAAAAUUGUGGCAACAAUUACCAAAUAAAAUCAGGAUAAAAUACAGAUUAUGAAGAAAGUUCGGUUAAAUAAAAUAUGCCAUGUUCUUUGCA